GAUUGAAUUAGAGACGGAAGGCCGAAAUUCAGCUGUGGCGCCACCGGAAUCAAUAGUACGUCGGAGGAUAGCCGCCGUUGUCGUUGUCAUCUCUUUUCUCUGCAUAAACCCUAAACCCUAAACCCCCAAUGCCCAUUCAGAAACCUUUAUUUUUGGCAUACGGGAUCCUCCACGCCAUUGAAUGCUAUCGUUGUUCUAGUUUUCGAGUUCAUGCUCUGCGAUUCUCCUCUUCGUCUGCUCAGUCAUGGCUGUCCACACCGGGAAAGCCACUCAUAAAGUGGCCUUCACUGCCCGACCAGGCGGGAAGCUCGUUGCAAUCGGAACCGGCCACAAUUUCAAACCCUAACUCUGACACUGACCUGAAAUCUGAUGCACGUUAUGCGCAGAAUGACUUCUCUACCAUUUCUGGCAUCCUUUCCGAUCACGGUGUUCGACCUGGUGCAGCGUUCGAGGAUGCUUUGGACAGGACUGGAAUUGUGCCGAGUUCGAGUUUGCUGGAGGCUGUAUUCGAUCAUUUCGAUUCGUCUCCCAAGUUAUUGUAUUCGCUGUUUCUCUGGGCUGCGAAGAAACCUGGAUUUCGUCCCUCACCGGCAUUGUUCAAUUGUAUGAUCAACGUGCUGGCGAAGUCGAGGGCGUUUGAUUCUGCUUGGUCUCUGAUUAUUCGUCGUCUUCGUGGAGAUGGAGAAUCCUCUUUGGUUUCUGUCGAUGUCUUCGUGAUAUUGAUCAGGCGGUACACUCGUGCAGGCAUGGUUCAACCUGCAAUUCGGACCUUCGAAUUUGCUUGCAACCUAGAAACAAUUUCAGGGACCAACUCGGAGAGUUUGUUUGAGAUUUUAUUAGAUUCCCUCUGCAAAGAGGGCCAUGUCAGGGUAGCUUCUGAGUACUUCAAUAGGAAAAGAGAGUUGGAUUUGAAUUUCAAACCAUCAAUUCGAGCUUAUAAUAUACUUCUAAAUGGAUGGUUUCGAUCAAGAAAGCUCAAACAUGCUGAGAGGCUCUGGUUUGAGAUGAAAAAGAACAAAAUAUCACCUACAGUCGUUACGUAUGGCACCCUUGUCGAAGGCUACUGUCGAAUGCGUCGGGUCGAAAUAGCCAUUGAAUUGGUGGAUGAGAUGAGGGGAGAAGGUAUUGAGCCAAAUGCAAUCAUAUAUAACCCAAUAGUUGAUGCCCUUGGGGAGUCUGGGAGGUUUAAGGAGGCAUUGGGAAUGAUGGAGAGGUUCACGGUUCUCGAGCAAGGCCCUACGAUCUCGACAUACAAUUCUCUUAUUAAGGGUUAUUGCAAGGCAGGAGAUCUUUCAGGGGCUAGCAAGAUCCUUAAGUUGAUGAUGAAUAGAGGAUUCACUCCCACCCCGACUACCUAUAACUACUUCUUUAGAUUCUUCUCAAAGUAUGGGAAAAUUGAGGAGGGUAUGAACCUUUACAAUAAAAUGAUUGAAUCGGGAUAUACGCCCGAUAAACUUACGUAUCACCUGUUGCUGAAGAUGUUGUGUGAAGAGGAGAGAUUAAACCUUGCAGUUCAAGUUUGCAAUGAAAUGAAGGCUAGGGGGUUUGGCAUGGACUUGGCUACAAGCACCAUGUUAAUUCAUUUGCUUUGCAAGAUGCAUAAGUUUGAAGAGGCUUUCGCUGAAUUCGAGCACAUGAUUUGUCGUGGAGUAGUUCCUCAAUAUCUAACUUUCUGCAGAUUGCUUGAUGAAUUCUCAAAACGUGGAUUGACAAAAAUGGCAUCAAAGCUACGAGGAAUGAUGUCUUCGGUUCCUCAUUCAGAGAAGUUACCUGAUACGUAUAGUCAAGCUCCCGAUUCCAUCCGUGCUAGAAGAACAUCUAUUAUGCGUAAAGCCGAGGCAAUGUCUGAAAUGUUGAAGGUCUGUAAAGACCCUAGGGAGCUUGUCAAACGCAGAAGUCCAUCUGAAACUGCUGUGUUUAAUGCAAAUAGGUUGAUAGAUGAUAUCAAGAAGAAAGCCAACUCUGCGACUGUUUGUAUUUAAUGCAACUGCUCAUUAGCUACGCACAAGAUGACUUGAGCUACAUAGUUUCUCCACAGGACUCUUUGGAGAAACUCUAACAAAUGAAUCAAUUUCGCUGGCAUGUGCAGUUAUUUUGCGAGGUGAUAAACAAUCUUCUUGAGGGUCGAGCAUAUAUUCGACAAAGAGCUCGCAAGAAUUCAAUUGGACUUGGGAUGGUUUUUA